AUGCCUAGUAGAGUUGGAAGAUCAAAUCUUGGAUAUGGCAGUGGCAGCCGAAGUUCUAUUUCUGGUCAAGAAUCACACGGGAUGUAUAGCAGUCGGCAGGGAACAGGUUAUGGUGGAGGAUCUUAUGGUGGCAGUGAUGUUGGAGGCAUGUACUCGUCAAGUUAUGGUGGUGAUUACGUUUCUCGUGGAAGUGAUGUUGGCGGCAGCUCAUAUUCGUCAAUGUAUUCUGGCAGAGGUGCCGGCGGCGGUAGCAGUUACAUGGGCAGCGGUGGAUCUAUUCUGGCGGAUGCAAUGGGACUUGGAAAGACUGUUAUGACAAUUGCUUUGAUUCUAAGUAAUCCAGGCAGGGUGAAGUCAGAAGACAGUAACGCAGAGAGCCUAUAUGACAAUAUUUUCUCAACUAAGAGGAGGAAUAUUAACAAUGUAGAGGGUGGCACUCUGAUUGUUUGUCCCAUGGCAUUAUUGGGUCAGUGGAAGGACGAGCUUGAAACACAUUCAAAAUCAGGCAGCAUAUCCAUAUUUGUUCAUUAUGGUGGGGGUAGAACUGAUAAUGUUGAUUUGUUGUUAGAGUACGACGUUGUCUUGACAACAUAUGGUGUCCUAUCAGCUUCAUAUAAAAGUGAUGGAGAGAAUAGCAUCUACCACAGGGUCCAAUGGUUCAGAGUGGUACUAGACGAAGCUCACCAUAUUAAAGCCCAUAAAAGUCAGGUUGCCCAGGCUACUAUUGCCCUGUCCUCACACUGCCGCUGGUGUCUAACUAGAACACCGCUUCAGAAUAGUUUGGAGGAUCUAUUCAGUCUCCUGUCUUUCCUGCGCGUUGAACAAACUUGCUAG